AUGGCCAUUGCACAAAGACUACUCAUCACUAUGUCCUACGGAGCCAGAAUUCACUGGACGUUGCCUGUUUUUCUUCUGCUGAGUUUUGUUGGGGACAUUGUUUUGUCAUACCCUAUACCCUACAGGGCUAAUGGAACAUUACUGGAAAGGACAUUGGAGUCUUUUUUCUCCAGGUCGAUUGGAAUGUCUUCCAACAAAUUGGAUGCAAAAUGGAAGAGUGAUUACUUGCAGGGAAUUAAGAGACAACGGAGGCUUUACUGCAAUGUCGGAAUUGGGUUUCACCUGCAGGUCCACAAAGAUGGAAGGAUAGAUGGUGUGCAUAAUGAAAGUCCAUAUAAUCUUUUAGAAAUUUCGACAGUAGAACGAGGGGUUAUAAGCUUGUUUGGUGUGAAAGCAAACCUCUUUGUAGCAAUGAACAACAAAGGGAGAGUAUAUGCUUCGCCAACCUUUCAGGAUGAAUGCAAGUUCAAGGAAAUUCUGCUAUCCAAUAACUAUAAUGCCUAUGAGUCCAAAAUGUAUCAAGGUGCCUAUCUCGGAUUAAGCAAACAUGGAAAGAUUAAAAGAGGAACCAAAAUUUCUCCAGCCAUGACAGUCACACAUUUUCUUCCACGAAUGUGACAUGAAUUCAGCCAAAUGUGUCUUGUAAUUUUGCACAUGUGAAUAAUCUCCCAGGUAAAAUAUUUAUACAGUAGCAGAAUAUAUGUAUAUUUGGAUGGAGAUAUUUCUACCGGAUUACUGUGCCCUGUAACAAUCUGCUUAUCAGGCUAUAAACACACAAGUCAAAACACUAAAAAUGUGCUAUAUUUAGUACAGUACCGUAACUUAAUUUAUCCCUGAUGGAUAGAGGACACAUAUGGAGAACUUUGUUUUCCAAAGGACUUUUUACCAUUUUAUUUUCCGGAAAGUACAGUCCGUCAGCCUUUAUUAUAAGUAUAUGAAAUACUUCCCAUACCU